UGAGUAUAAAGACCCGAGUCUCCGAAGGACCGGUGAGCAUACGCUUCGCAGCUUCCGAUAGUGACGUUUUCAUACGAUCAUUUUUUAUAUUAUUGUCAUAAAUUCGUAUAGUGGUGCUGUGUGAGGUGUGCGAAGACGACAUCGCCAGACAUCGAAUACCGCGACCAAAAAACUGCUGCACGUCGAAGACACGCGUCGUGCGCUCGAAAACCAUCAUAACGAUCUAAGUCUCGUUCGGUUCAUACAUCGAUAUAUUAUUAUUAUUGUACUCGGCGCGGACGGAACGAACGCGUGAAAAAUGCCGACUAAAAACAAGGAACAAGAAAAAGAGAUGUUGGAGUGGAUUGGCAAUGUUUUGGGCGAGCCGAUUCCUGAAAGCGUCUCGUACGAGGAUUAUCUGAAAGACGGCGUCGUGCUUUGCAACCUCAUCAACAAGAUAGCCCCCGGAUCGGUGAAAAAAAUACAGACCAAGGGUUCCAACUUCCAGCUGAUGGAGAACAUUCAACGAUUUCAAGCGGCCAUCAAAAAAUACGGUGUACCGGAAGAAGAGAUUUUCCAAACUGCCGAUUUGUUCGAACGCAGAAACAUAGCGCAGGUGACGCUCUGCCUUUAUGCCCUUGCUCGCAUUACCCAAAAGCACCCAGAGUACACGGGCCCGGCAUUGGGACCUAAAAUGGCUGAUGCUAACAAAAGAGAAUUCACCGAAGACCAGUUAAGAGCGUCCGAAGGUCACCUCAACCUUCAAAUGGGAUUCAACAAAGGCGCCUCCCAGUCGGGGUUGGGAUCCUUCGGCAACUCGAGGCAUAUGUAAUGAUCAGCAACUUUAUGAAUAAAAAACGCAUACUCCCUUCAAUGAUAUUAUACAUCUGCGUACUACUAUCAUGAUGACAUGCUAUGAUUAUUCAAUUAUAUUUUGUUACACGCGAGGAAGCAACAUUUUACUAUUAUAUCAUAAAUUAUUUUUUUUCAAAAAAAGUUCAUAUUUAUACACUGUUUUUUUUUAUUAUUAUUAUACACAGUGCCUAUAUACUAACAAAAUUAAUUAUUAAAAUAUAUCAAAGAAUAAUUUUAUUUACAAAAAA